GUAAGCCAAUGAGCGGUCUCACGACGAGGACACUCGUAUCGCUGUGGAAUAUCUACUGACGGCUCUACUCUAGAGUCGAUGCAUUAAAAGUACCGAUAGGCUGUACGCAAGUUUUCGUUGUGUUUGUGGAUAACUGUACGGAGACACGGUUCGGAGUUUUGUGGUCGGCUAGAUGAAAGUCGACAGAAGGUAAACUUGAACAUGAUGUCGCGAGUGAAAGGAUUACCUUGUGUCUGUACCUGUGUUUUAGUGCUGGUCGCGUUGGCACGUGUGUCGCAGUCUUAUGACUAUGCAAAGAGGAUAUGUGCCCGAUUGCCCAUUCACACAACUGAGCAAAGAUCACCCGGGAAUAAUGGAUUUAAGAUAAUUGUUGAAAGUGACACCGAAUCGGACAUUACGAAAUAUCGACCAGGUGAAAAGUACACAGUAAUUCUCGAAGGCUCGGAGGACCAGACGUUGCUAGGUUACAUGUUGGUGGCAGUGCCACAAGGAGCUGAGGAAGAGAAUGCGACAGUCGGACAUUUUGAUAUCAAGGCAUACCCAGGGUAUGUGAAGGACUUGAUGGAGGAUGACACCUGCGACCACCAUGUCAUGUCCCAUCAUUACCUCAUGAAGAAGAAGAGUGUCCGAGUGCAGUGGGUGGCUCCUACAGAGAGUGCCGGAUGUGUCGAGUUCAGGACUACAGUGAUCGAGUCGUCUCGGGUCUGGUACAAGGACAACGGCACCCUCACCAAGCUGGUCUGUGAGGAAAUGACCCAGCAGGAUUCUGUGGCCAAUGUUCCGGAGAACGCUCCGUCCCCGCUGCAACAGAAGGAGGAAUGUUGCGCCUGUGGGCACGCCAAGUAUGUCAUCACAUUCAAAGGGCUGUGGUCACGUCAUACGCAUCCCAAAAACUUCCCAACCGGAGACAGUUCAUUUCUUCUGCAUUGGUCCAACAUUGUGGGUGCCUCCCACAGUAACGACUAUCGCAUCUGGGACUACGGCGGUAUGGCCUCCGAAGCUGUGCGAGAGGUCUGUGAAUAUGGCUCUUCCCGCUCCCUUACAGAAGACAUGAAGAGAAAUAGCAAGAAGAUCCGGACUGUGGUGAAGACAGACUCCCUGUGGGGGCCCGACCGGAUCCUCGACUCCGUGGACGCGGUCUUCACCGUCAACUCCAAGAAGCAUCUUCUUUCUCUCCUCACCAUGAUUGGGCCCAGUCCCGACUGGUGUUUAGGAAUUAGUGCCCUUGACAUGUGCCAGAAGAACUGUACCUGGGCCGACACCCAGGAGAUUGACCUGUACCCCUGGGACGCUGGUACUGACAGCGGGGUGUCAUACGAGUCUCCAAAUGAAAAUACCUACCCAAGGGAGUCUAUCCAUGCCAUCACCAACUCUAUCAUCAGAAAUCGAGCUUCACCAUUCUUUGGGUCUCAGCCAAUCAAACCGAUGGGAAGGUUGAUUCUGAAGAAAACUUAUGAGGCAUGCUCAAGUGAUCAUGGUGAGGCAAACUCUGCAGAAAAGUCACCCAGCACCGAUGAACUGGUCAGCGAGAUGAAGAAAAAGAUGAUGAUGCAGAAGAAGCAACAAAUGGAGAAAUGUGCUACCAGUCAGUGGAAUGAAUGGGGAGACUGCUCCAACCCAUGUGGGAACGGCAUGCGUCAGCGCCGCCGGAUGUUCAAGAACCCUGGCAUCACCCAGUCCAUGUGCAAUGUGGAGAUGAUGGAGAAGGAGACGUGUGUUGGAAACUCGGGCUGCAACGCCAAGCGCCGCAAGAUGCAGAGCUUCAAGUUCCGGCAUGCCAAGGAGGUUGAUCCCAGCGACAUGUGCGCCGUGACGCCGUGGUCCGACUGGUCACCGUGCAGCCGGACCUGCGGCCUGGGGAUGAAGGAGAGGUGGAGGAUGUUCCUGAGGAAGUCCCAGAAGACAGAUGAUUGCGGUGUACAUCUUCAGGAGAAGGAUCUUUGUAGAGGCAUCAUCCCCGACUGUGACAUGGCAGCCAAGAUGAAGAACUACACGGUCAUCUGCAACGAGGAUGCUGAUACUGGUCCCUGCCGGGGCAUGUUCAUCAGGUGGUUCUACAACGCCUCCAUGCAGAAAUGUCAGGCAUUUACCUAUGGAGGUUGCCGUGGAAAUGAGAACAAGUUUGACACACAAGAAGAAUGUGUGGAGCUGUGUGCUGAGCACAUGAUGGAAGUGAACCGCAAGCAGAUGAUGAUUGAGAAACAGAUGUUGAUGAAGAAACAGAUGAUGCAGAAACAGUUGAUGCAGAAGCAGGAGAUGCAGAAGAAACAAGCCAUGAUGAAGAAACAGCAGAUGGAAGCCAACGCAGACAGGGAAGGACAGUCUCUGACGUUCUCACACAUGGACCUGAAGACGCUGAUGAUGAAGAAGAAGAUGAUGCAGCAGUCGGCCAACUUGAAGAUGGAGAGGGCGCUGUCAGAUGAGAUCAAACGCAGGAGGAAGGAGCGGAGGAUGAUGAAGCAGAAGAAGAAGAUGGAGCGGAGGAAGAGACGGCACAGGAAGGAGCAUACUGGGUCAGGGGUCAACUGCAUGGUCACCCCGUGGUCUGAUUGGUCGGAGUGUUCAGUCACAUGUGGCAAGGGUAUGAUGACCAAGACGAGGAUGGUCAAGGUGCAGCCCCAGAAUGGUGGCCGGAAGUGUCCUAGGAAACUCAUGAAGAAGAAGAAGUGUAAAGUGGAUAGAUGUCCUAUUGACUGCGAGUUGAGUCAGUGGGCAGACUGGCAGGAGUGCUCUGCAACAUGCGGUAAGAAAUCGGUCCAGGUCCGGCGCCGGAAGGUCCUGCAGAAGGCCAAACAUGGCGGCAUUCCCUGUGCAGCCCGGAGGGAGAAGCGGUUCUGCAGUUUGCCGAUGUGCCCAAAUGAAGAUCUGGAGAAGGAUAUGCGUAGGUUUAUGCUCUACCAUCGGCGCUACUAACCAAUCAAUGUUUGCGCACCUGCAACCAUGUGACCUCUAGUAACCAAUCGGCAGCAAGACUUCAAUACAUCGUGCCUUGACCUCUCAUGGGGAAGAGGUUACUUUCUUGCCAAGCAAGAGCAAGCUAUCAUAUCAAAACUCAGUCUUGUGACCAUAGAGGACAGAGCUUCAGUGUGUACGACUGAUGAAUUUCAGAGCGUCUGUUGCCGAGACUCGACAAGACUUUCAGUUAGAUGCAGUUGUUGGUCCCCUGUUGGAAGACUGUUGGCUAACCUGCCUUCUGUAUAUAGAUGUACCUUGUGUCUGUAUGUGCCUUGUUAGAACUGUGACAUUGUGUUCAUGCAUGCAUCCAGCUAGCUCCGUAUACCGACGCCAGUCCUGCCUGUAUAUGCCGCCAUCCACCUAGCACCAUUGCAGGUGUGCGAUACUAACCCUGCGCUCUGCAUGUAUGUAACGCCACCUGUAUCUGUAACCCAAUGCUUGUCCACUACCGUGUGUUCCAAUUUAACAGGUUAUGUGCCUUAAGUACAUCACAAAGGGUAUUGAAUGAUAUAUAAAUUAUGAUAUUUUCUUUAAGGAAAAUAACAUGAACUUGCACUGUGCACUUUUCAAGGAAAGUCAUGGAUGAAUUUUGUUUCUUCAAGUGAGUGAUCUAAUAAUUGCACUGCUAUCUUUAAGUAAGUGCACUUUAUAAUACUGAGUUAAUACUCUCAGCUGCGACAGUCAAAAUAAUCACUCUGUGCACCAUGCACCACCAACAUAUCCUGUCACUGCUUGACACCACUUAUUGCUUAGCUGGUCUAAGGGAGGUAACUCCAAAUAUGCAGAGUCACAGCAAUAAUGUCGGAACCUACUGGUUCAUUCUGUGCACAUUCAUGAACUGUGUAAGCAUACUUGUAAUACAGUUACUUAUUACCAGGAUAUUUUGUUAUCCAUGUUUUUCAAAUACCAUAAUAUGAUGUUUUUAUUUGCCAUGUCUGGGUCACAAGAUUUUCUUUAUAAAUCACAAGUUCUGUAUCAGGGAUUUUACUAUCUGUUUGAUGUAAUUUUAAUCAUAAUUUUAAACUCCAAUAUUAAUUUUACUCAUAAGCUGUCAAGAUUUUGUUCACUAUCCAUAACAGAAAAACUCUAACAGAAAUACUUACUGCAUUAAAAGCUUUACUAAAUUCACAUGAUAUACUUUAAAAUGUAAAAUUUACAUUGUUGGUAAACAAUAUGUAUAUUCCCUGAAAAAUAUUAAUGAUAUUAAAAGAUGUGUCAGUAAGAAAUAUCAACCAUUUCUCCUAAGUACAUCUGUUUCCAGAUAUUAAUCUUUAUAAUUGAGUAAUUCAAAAUGAAAUAUCACAGUUAAAUUUCAAAGUAAAACAGAAUGAUAAAUAUUUGACACAUAUGAUUACAUCAAUACUUGAUUUCUAAUAUGGCAAGCACACAAAAUAACUGUUAGUUGAAGACACUCUACAGAGUUAACUCCACAGCACAUGCCGUAGUUAUUCUAAUAAUGUACACACUAAAAAUAUACCCAAAAUGGGUACUAUUUGGUAACCGAAAUAUACCUACUUAAUAUUUGCUAACGACCGCACCUUUCACAAAGAUGACUAUUAUGGUCCUUAGGAAAUGUUGAGUUGUAUAUUAGAAUCCAAUUAUUUUGACGUCUGUAAUUUUUUACUGAAUGUUGUCUCCCUUUAUUUGGAAAUGUCGUCCAUCUUACCUAUUUGAAUUAUUAGACUGAUUACGGUUUUCAGUGUUCAGACGUGUUCUGUGUUCACAUUAUUCUGGAAUACCAGGCAGUUGUCAACUUGCAGCCAUUGUUCUGCAGCGUUGCGUCAGGUAAAGGCUAGAAUUUCAACUUGUGAAUUGAUUAUUAGUGAUUUGUGAAAGGUUUAGGUGACGACUUAUCAUAUUUGAGCUUGCGUAUGAGAUUGUGGUGACAACUAAUGCAGUCAGCAAUGUUUUGUUAUGUCUCAUUCAAUAAGUUUUGAAGACAAUGAUCAAUAAAUUUAUGUUACCUCGGUGUAUGACACACAUCACAUUGGUGAUUAUUGUGGUAAUUGUAAAUAUAUUUUCAAAAAUAAUCUCAUGCAAGCAAAUCGGGUUUGACAUACUGUUGCUGCAGUUAGGGCUCAUUUAUAAAUUUAGUAUUUGCAAGAUAUUAGUUUUCUGGACAUCAGCACCUGUAACUAGGUAAGACCCACUCUGUGUUUCUGCAGUCUCCUUGGGAUGAGACGUGACGCACCUGAAACCCCUGGUUCAAAUAAUGAGAUGUUCCUUUAUUUUGAUGUGAAAUAUACUGGCUGUUCGAUAUUUUCACCUCUUGCAUAGGGUAUUUUCCAUCAUAGAAAAGACUGUUUCAUUAUUUCUAGGAUGGGAGGGUGUGCUUUGAGGCAGGGGGUCCUCAUCAAGUUGUAAAGUGCUUUCAUUGUACAUUGUAGAUAGUAAAGUUGUUAUUGAAUGUUUAUGUACAUUGUUUUAGAGAGGGUAGAUUUUAAGCCAGCUUCCUGCAUCAUUCCACUUCAGUUGCUAGUUACCGUAUUCAACUUUAUAAGCACCCCGGGCACACAGAAGAGUGUCAAGGUUGGUUACCUUUCCAAUUUCAUUACAACUAGAUUAAACUUUGAAUAUUUACAAAAUAUGAAUUUAUUUGAUACUUGAAAUUUUGUUUUCAAAACGUAUGGGGACCCUUAUUGGAACGGGGUUUAAUAGAUUGAAUACGGUACAUGAGUUUCAAUGCUGAAUUCAUUCUUAUGACACCUGGACAAUAUGGAUUGUAAGUUGAUGAAGAUAUUGUAUCACUCAGAAUCAUUAACUGUUCAUCAUCAUCAUCAUCAUCAAGAUCAAGAAGACACAGAGUGACGAAACUAGCGGUUGAUAGUGUGAGUACAAAUCCACGGCCUUGGACCGACACGGAAUGUGUCAGGUCGCGGUGCUGUUUUGAUGGAUCCAGAUGGGGUACCAUCCUGGAACUAGCCAUUAUGUACAGCCAUUGUGACCACACAAUCCACUGUCUCCUCUUACAACAAGCCCUGGAUUGGGGAGUCUUCUGACCUGGCGGUGCUUGCGACCAACAAGACAAGACAACUCGUGAUGCAUUUCAGACAUGUUCAGCAACCAUCAGAAUGACUGCAGCAAUUGAAUAUUCCAUCAUAAAAAUACCACAAAUUUCAAUUUUAGAAUCACCAGAAAUUCCUGUUUCAGUUAAUGGUGCAGUAGACUUAAAAUAUUUGAAUAUUUUACAAACCAUGCUUGGAAAUCUAGAAUUAUUUAUAUGUGAAUGUUCAUUUAAUAUUUUAAAAUAUUUACAAACAUGAAUGUCAAUGUAGCAUAAAUGUAGAAUCUGUCUGCACAAACUUUAGAAUUACAAAAGCUUUGCUUUAUACUGCAGUUGCUGGCUACAAGACUGUAUAUAUGUGUUGUGCUUCUGCCCAAGCUGUGUAAGAGAUACCUCACUACUAGAUAUUUAUUGAUGUUUAUGGUAUAUUUGUAAUACCACUGGUGCAUUUAAUGUCACUGACGCUCUGAUAGCCACAUACUAUUAGGCUACCACUCAUUUAUCCUUGUAGACAUUUUAUACAAAGGUUUGUAAAAUAAUAUAUCUAAAACAAUAUUGUUCCACCAUUAAAUAUUCCCAAAUUCAUUUUUUUUCAUUUUGAAAAAUAAAAUUUAUCUUUAAAAUUUGAAAAACAUUAUUCAUAAUUGUUUAUAAUUUAAGGCUCUUGUAAUAUUUACUGCAUUAAUUAUCGUACCCAUUGUAUUGAGAUAUAGUUUGCAUAAACAAUUAUUUAUUUUUUUUAUAGUAUUUAAUAAAUGGGGUAGCUGUCCUCUUGUGUGUGUUCAUAAUUUAAAAGGCCAAAGAUUGAAAGAUCUCGACGAAUUUGAUAUGUCUUUUUCUGGAGAUAAAAUUGAAUAACCUUACCUUUCUUAAGGUAAAGUAUACAAAAAUCAUAACUAAAUUGAAAUAUCAACGAGCAAUAAAUGUAUAUGCCAGUUUGAUAGGGUGUUGCCCUCUGUACAUUAUGUGGUCAAUAUUUUGUUAUGUAAAUGUGAUAUUGAACUGUACCACUUACAAUAAAAUAAUAAACAAAAUACUA